AUGAACAAUAAUGACUUGUUUAUACUUCAUUUUAAUGAUGUUUACGAUAUCCAAGAAUAAGUAAAAGAUCCUGUUGCAGGUGCUUCUAGAUUCGUGCAUGUCCUCAAUUAAUUUUAGUAGCAUUUUAAUACACUCACUCUUUUUAGUGGUGACAUUUUUGCACCAUCUGCCUUAUCAAAUAUAUAUAGGGGUGAUCAAAUGUUGUUUCCAAUCCAAAAAUUCAAAAUUGAUGUGGCAUGUCCAGGAAAUCAUGAUUUUGAUUACACACUAGAACAUGUUGAAUCAUUAUUUUAAAGAUCCAAUAUCCCUUGGGUUUUAUCCAAUGUUUUUAAUGCAGAAACCAAUCAAAACUUUGCUCAUACAUUGCCUCAUUUUACUAAGCAAUGCACUAUUGGUAAUCAACCUAUUAAAAUUGGAUUUGUGGGUUUGGCUGAAGAAGAAUGGCUUGGAUAGAUAGUUGAAAUCCCUCAGAAUCUUAUUGCCUAUGAAGAUUACCUGCAUUGUGCAGAGAGAACAGUCAAAUAUUUAAGAGAAGAAGAAAAGUGUGGAUUCAUAAUAGCAUUGACUCAUAUGCGAGUUCCUAAUGAUCAUAAUCUGAUUCAUCAUCUUGUUGGUUAGAAAAUUGAUUUGGUGUUGGGUGGACAUGAUCAUAUGAUAUAUUGUGAGAAAAUUAAAUAGAGUCUAUUUAUGAAGAGUGGAACUAAUUUUAAGAAUUUAGGUAUCAUAAGAAUAAGUUUAAAUGAAAUUACAAAUAAAGAUUUAAUCAACAAUUUCAUUUAUGAUAGUUUUUCUAAUGAUAAAUAAAUACUAGAAUUACAACAUGAUUUGACUUUGAGUUAAGACUUUCAUGUCUAGGUUUCCAUUAUUAAUAUCAUCAAUUCAAUUCCACAAAACUAGGAGAUGAGACUCUAUGUAGAUUCAAAAAUUGAAGAAUAUAACAAUUGUAUUUGUUAUUAAUAUUAUUAAAUAGAAAAAGCUAAAAUUGUAUGCUAUGCUAAUUGUGAUCUUGAGUGUACUUUCCACGAAGUCAGAAACAAAGAAACCAAUUUAGCCAAUCUCUAUGCAGAUAUCCUAAGAUAUGAGUUAGAUGCUGAAAUCUCGUUCUUUAACAGCGGCACUCUUAGGGCUGAUGAUGUUAUUCAUAAGGGAAUUAUUACUUACAAAGAAUUAGAUAAGAUAUUCCCUAUGGCAGACUAAAUAGUUAAGAUUAAUAUUAAAGGAUCGGACUUGCUUAAAAUCCUGGAGAAUGGAGUUGGAAAGUGGCCCAAUUUCGAUGGAAGGUUCUUAGGGGUUUCUGGUAUCUCUUUCGCAUUUAACCCAACUCAACCUUAAGGAUCAAGGAUUGUUAAUGUCAAAAUAAAUGGCUAAGAUCUAGAAAUGGAUAGAGUAUACAAGGCUGCCAGUCAGUGUUAUAUUACCAUGGGUUUUGAUGGAUUCAUCAAGAUACAAGAUGACCAAUACAUUAUUGAUAAAAAUGCAGAGAUCUAAAUUCUAUCCACUGUUUUAAGGGUCUUAGACAUUUGUAGAUUUCAUGAGGAACUGCAAUUGUUGAAUAUAUAAGAAAAUGAAAUAAAGACACUUGAACAAUUGGAUUUAUAAAAUCAUCAAAUUCAUCAUUAUAAUAAGAUUAUUAAAGGAUUAACAAAAAUAGGUGGAGAAGUCUGUUCAGUCAUAGAUCCUUAAAUUGAAGGUAGGAUUAUUAAAAUAUGA